UCCGCGCAACAUUUGCAUAUUAUGUCGUCAUGUUUUAAAAUAUCAAGUUUAAAUACCACCCCUUGGAUGCCCCUUCACACACUCAUACCUUUCCAGGUGAUCUGCGAAAAUUAUUUAGUAGAAUAGUAGUACGGCGUUAACAGGCAUCACAGAUAUGGAAACAAUAAAGAGUUUCGUGAAGACGCACCCCAAGGAAAUCUGCAUUACGGCCGUCGUGGGGGUGGCGCUAAUCACCGUCAUCAGGAGGAGACGGAAGCGGGAGAAGAAGGUCUACCCGCCAAAUACGAUUGUUCACCACCAAAUGGGAAGAGGACCGUACGCCCCUAGCUUAACUCCCUUUGCUGUGAAAUUAGAAACCUAUCUCCGGAUGGCGAAAGUUCCUUUCUUGAAUGAGCACGACAGUCUCACCAACGGUAGUUCAAAGAAGAAAGUGACGUGGAUUGAGUAUAAUGGGGAGGAGGUCGCGGACUCUGAGUUCUGUAUCCAGUAUGUAAACAAUAAAUUCAAUGUUGAUCUCGACAAAGGAUUCUCUGACGAGGACAGGGCAGCGGCGUUAGCUAUACAGAGAAUGGUGGAUGAACAUUUAUAUUGGGCACUGGCAUUGCAGCGUUGGGUGUAUGAUCCUAAGGAUGGAAUGAAUGUUAGUAAAAAUUUCAAUUUUCCUUUGACUGUUCCUCCUAUGAUACGGCGAGUGAUCAACAAACAGAGCUUCGCCCAGGGUGUGGGCCGACACACAGAGGAGGAAGUUCAUCACGUCAUGCACGAGGAUCUAAAGGCUCUGUCAAAGUUUAUAGGAAAUAAGAAAUUCCUGCUUGGCGACAAAGCGUGUCAGGCUGACUGUGCAGUGUUUGGAAUGCUGUCGCAGCUCUACUGGCACUCGUUUGGUGGAUAUGGAGAAAAAGCCAUCCAUGAAUAUCCUAAUUUGUGUGGCUACUGUGAUCGCAUGAAGACGGAGUUCUGGCCAGACUGGGACGAUUGCAUCACGCAUGGAUCGACGAAGGAAGCGACGAAAUGAAUGAGCUCAGCAUAGUUCACGAUACUCCUACCGUCAUUGUCGUACAGUCUUGUGUAUCAGAAGCAAAAUGACCUGCAUACACACUCCUCUCAAGGACAUCAGAAUAGAGUGUUGUUUAAUUGCAAUGUUAGUUACCAAUUUUAAUAAAUAUCGAACAUGAAAUGGAUAUAAAUGUUGUAUUGUCAUUGAUGAUAUAUUUUAUUAAAUAUCGAACAUGAAAUGGA